UGCCGCUGUCGCGGCGACGCGUCAGCGAGGGCGUCGAGGCGACGGCGCCGCCUAGUCAGCCGGCCGCGCUGCUCAUGCACCAGAACUCAGCGCCGUGCGGCGUGCCCGGGCUGCCGGCCGAGCAGCCGGCCUCCGCGCCGCUGCUGCCCGUCGUCAUCCAGUGGAAGAAGGGCGGCCAGGACGUGCAGCUGUGCGGCACGUUCACCGGCUGGAAGCCGAUCCCGAUGGCGCGCAGCGAGAGCAACAUGAACUCGGAGCACAUGAGCAUCGUCAACCUGCCCGAGGGCCGGCACGAGUACAAGUUCCGCAUCGACGGCGAGUGGGUGGUGGACGCCAGCGAGCCCACCACCGACGCGCCCGCCGGCGACAAGAACAACUACAUCACCGUCAAGGGCUCCGACUUCGCCGCGUGCGAGGCGCUCAACCUGGAGACCGUGCAGACGGGCGACAUGUCCGGCUCGCCGCCGGGGCGGUACGGCUGCGAGCCGCCGCCCACGCGCGCCGCGUCCUGGGACCACCGCUCGCCGGCGCAGCCGCCGGCGCUGCCUCCGCACCUGCUGCAGGUCAUCCUCAACAAGGACACGCCUGUCUCCUGCGAGCCCACGCUGCUGCCGGCGCCCAAUCACGUCAUGCUCAACCACCUGUACGCGCUGAGCAUCAAGGAAGGUGUGAUGGUGCUCAGCGCCACGCACCGCUACCGCAAGAAGUACGUGACCACGCUGCUGUACAAGCCCAUCUAGGGCGGGCCGGGGCAAGGCACCCCGCGCCCGCUCUGCUGGGGGAGGGAAGCGGGGCUGUCGCUGGCGGGUAGCCCGUCGGAUUGGUGCGGAGUACUGUGGGAGGUGCCGCGGCGUGAUCCGGAGAGGUAGGGAAGUCUGUGAUGGCGGAGGUAUACGCGUGCGGGCUGGACAACGUAUGCUUUGCCAGAAGGCGAUGGGGAUAUGACUUGGGAAGCAAAAGCUAUCAGUAUGGCAAGUAGCCACCGCUUAGGAACUAGUCACAGCAUUUUUAGUCUUCAGAUAUGCUCGUAAGAUGAACGAUAUUUGUUGUCGGAUUGUUUGUAAUUUGUUAGUCUCGUCAUCGCUGCCGUGUGCAGUAUCCCUUGAAUAUCUGGUGCGAUUUUCCGUUCGAUAAUGUCUCUCUCCACGCCCGGUAGGCGUCUAGGCCGUAAAUUCGACAAAUUCUACGUGAAAGAUUUAGAUGUACCGUUUGGAAGCCGCGUAAAUUCCCGAAAAACCUAGCUGUAGUUUUGUGCCCUUCGAUGUACUGAGUUCAUCGCCCUUACUUGCCUCCUGACAAUCAGCCCCUUGAGCGGGUACAGGGGCGGUUGAAAGCCUCGCUAUCGACUCACUGAUGGUGCAAUAUUGCUGGCCAGUCGGCGCGUGCGUGACCUCGGCGUGGCGCGUCGCCGAUGCCUUGGGUCGUUCGGUUCACGCCCGAUGCUUUGCUCUCCGCUCCGGAGGCAGCACCACGCGUUCAGUUCACGCCCGAUGCUUUACUCUCCGCUCCUGGGGCAGCACCACGCGUUCAGUUCACGCGCGAUGCUUUACUCUCCGUUCCGGAGGCAGCACCAUGCGUUCAGUUCUCGCUCAAUGCUUUACUCCCCGCUCCGGGGACAGCACGACGCGUUGUUCUCGUCCGGUGCUUUACUCUCCGCUCCGGGGGCAGCACGGCGCGUUCAGUUCUCGUCCGAUGCUUUACUCUCCGCUCCGGAGACAGCACGACGCGUUCAGUUCACGCGCGAUGCUUUACUCUCCGCUCCGGAGGCAGCACGACGCGACGGUGCUCGUGUAGGUGUAGCCGCGCCCAGCGGCGAGGGGUCUCGCCGACGCUGGAGCUGCCGGCGCUUUGAGCCACGCCCUUUCUCUGUUCGCGCCUCGCUUGCCUGUUCUCCUCUCCGCAUUCGUCAUGUCCAGCACCUGUGCGUGGGCCCAGUGUCUGGUCCGUGAUCGGGUUUUGUGUGGGCGUACAAACGGUUGGUCUCUCCCGCCUAUACUCAAUCAGCGACAUCAGGGGAACUGGGCGCAGACUUGAUGGCGUCGUGUUCGUGAUCUUAGCCUUACGCCAUGACAAGUCAUUUAUCUAGUUUUACGUCCGUGCGUACAUGCUAUGCGUAUGUGAAAUAAGUACUGCGAAAUAAAAACGUUUUACGUA